AUACUUCUGACUUUGAGUGUACAGUUGACAACUACUAGUUUGCUUGUUUUCGCGGGGCGAAAGUGUAUCGUUGCCGGUUGCUGACAAAAUUUGGAAUCUGUUAUGUUCCAUGUUGGAUGAAUAUAGCAAAGUAAUGAUAACCGCCUCGGAACCUUUGGAAUUUAUUCCACGGGGUCGUCAGGCGGUGGACGAACACCCGGGCCCCCUUCUUUACGUGAAGAAACCCGUCUCGGUUCCGUCUGAUUUCGUGUUGCUGCAGCGCAUGCAAGACGUAAACAUCUCGCUUGAUGAGACCCCAUCCGAGUACUAUGUGCCGGAGGUUUACGACGAUUCGGCUGAAUUUUUGUUCGAAGCGAACGUUAACACCGAAGAAGAACUGUACGUGAAGGGAACAACGGCCGUAUGGACAAAGGGCACCACGACCAACGGCGACGAAGCGGCGGCUCCGCACGUUUGUCUUACCUGCGAGACAUCGAUCAAAUUUGCCUUCUUCUGUCCGGUGCGAUUUCUAUCGUCGGAAUGCUCCGAGAACGAGAAGGCAAGGCCAUUCAAGGGUGCUGCUGCCAGAUCAGCCGUAUGCCUUGUGGAUGGAACCACACUGAAAGUGCACUGUGACAACGGAGAAAACUUCAUCACCAGCAUCGAAUGUCCCGUUUCGAACGUUUGGGUAACGAAGCACGGAAUUUUGCUCGAAAAAGAAUCCUCCAGCACGCUUCUCGACAUUCAUUCGGUUCCGCUGCCCCGACUGUUUUCCCUCACGCACCCGCUGGAUGAAAUGUGUCCGGUGAUCAUCAAGAUGUCCGGAACAGUCAGCUACAUCACCGAAACGGAAUAUCGGGUGGUAUUUUCCUGCGAGCAAACCGAUUUGGUGUUGAUGUUUGACGAGAAGACUGGCAAGCACUUUAUUUGCUUCCUACGAAAGGCCUCCGAAGACGAAAAGAAUUCUGUCGGAUGCGUCAACGACAGCGAAUGCUUCUCCAACAGUGCCUUUACCUCGAGCGUUAAUCUUUCUCAACCGGCGACUCCGCUGCCAGCUACAGUGACUACGCCGCAAUCGUUUUACAAAACGUCGCUUUUGACCCGUCACAGUGCAUCCACUGCUGGGCGACCCAGCCUCGGGGCGACGUUUUGCAGUCCCUACGUGAGCAAUGUUGGCCAGAUGGGUCAAUCGAUCAAUCUGAGCGUUGCUGGCAUCGCCAAUCGGAGCAACAUCGCACCCAACCAGAGCCAUCUAGCGGGAACGGGGACAACGCCACUUUCGAGGCUGCAGUCGACCAUGGGAGGAACAUCAACGUCGCUGUUGAAUGUGCGCAAGAUUGGCCAGGCGGAGCCUUCGAAGCCAAUCGUUCCCGAGUACUGUUUGGAGCACGUGUGGACUGAACAUUCCAACACUUGGAAGAGUUCUCUUGAAAUGGCAUCGACUGGCUUUCUUCACACCGACCUGGUCCAGAACAAUUACCUGUGCUUUCUAUUGCCACGUUCGGAAAAGCUAAUUCUGGUGCGUAUCAAGCCCGGCCUUUCGGAUCCAUCGUUGAUAAGCGCCGGCAUCGAAAUGAUUUCGCAAAUACCUGCAAAAGAUGCCGUCUGUUUGAAGCGCUUGAACAUGAUUGCAGUUUUGGCUCCGUGUGGCACGUUGAUGCUCUAUUCCGGGCCAGCAUACGUUGGAAAGGUGCACGUGGCGGGUAUUUUGAGCAGUUUUGUCACGUCCAGUGCUCUGAGCACCUCGUUUGGUUCGUCGUCGCAAGGUUUUCCCCGACGGAGCAGCCUGUUGCCAACGGCUGCGGCUGCGCAAGCCGAAAGCCGUUUCGACGAAGAAUUGCACAUGCUGUCACCGGUGCAACCGCUGCAUCAGUUGUCACGGCCCGGAGGCCAAGCAUCCUCCCGGCUAAACAACUGUCAGAACAUUCGCGAUGGUUCCGGAAAUCGGAUUACACUAGUGUUUUCCAGCGAGAAAAUGUUUCGCAUUGCGAUUCCUCUGAUGAGCGAGUCCCAGCUGGUUUCACGGUGUUUGCUUGCGCUUCGACACAUUCUACCCACGGAUUUGUCCUUAGAAUUUAUGGUUCGUUGGUACGGAACUAGGAAUGCACCUGGUUCGAAGAAUUUUGACGGUGAUCGCGAGUGGGAAGUGUUUCGGACUAUGUUGCAGCAACACAUGGGAAGAUCGUACCCACCGGUUGACGGCGAAGGACUCAACAAGUCCAGUUCGAGGUCUUCGUUUGACGAACCAAAAAAAAGACGAAAGAACGAAAACCAACUCGGCACGGACGACGAUUGGGAGUUUAUGAUGCAGCACAGUGACGCCAAAUGCGCAAUCGAUCCACCUCCGCAGGAAUGCACCGCUCCGGCAGCGUACGACUCGUCCAAGCUGCUGUUUCCACACAUUCCAAACAUCCUGUUUGCACUGCACUUGCUUUACGAAGAUAUGAAGCUCGACCCGCUAUUGAACAACAGCCUGAAACUGUUGGCGCACUUUCUCUACGAGUUGUCCCUGGACUUGAAGCUGGAGAAGUUUCAGCUUCACUACUUUCUCGACGACUUUCAGGAUCUGAUCCUUAUUCGGUCGCACUGCUUCAUACGCAAAGAAGACAGCGUAGAGUUUGUCAACGUGUCGGACACUGAUUUCGAGCACAUUCCCAACAUCUUUCAGUACAUUCAUACGUUGAUCGUGAACGCAGGUAGUGCAGAGCUACCAUCGUACCCGUACUUGGCAGGAGUUAAUGAUCGUAGCCGUGACAUAAUUCUCAUCGUAGCGUAUCUGUAUCGAGCAAAAAAUCUGUCCAGGUGGAUUACCGCACAACUCGAGAGUUUACUUCCAUCGUUCGAGCUGUCCAAAACUGCGGCAAUGGACGAUGUUGACCAGAUGAUGGCCAACGUCAUCAUUCGGGUGCUGAUCAAGCGUGGAUACAACCGUUUGACGAUUGAGAAACUUCCAGUCAGCAUUCACUAUCUGAUUUCACAAUUCCUCGAGUGCAAUCGGAACAAACCACUCAACAGUUACGAAGCAGAAGUAUACGAGCUGCUGCUGCGCCAUGAACUAUACGCCCAUGCCACCUUCGACGCGCAAAAUCAACUGGUGCGGUCGAAAAAGUCGGGCGCAUCCGGUUUGAAAGAACAUUCGCUGUCCCUCAGGCGGAAACCUCAGCCGGAAGUAAUUCCCAAGACGGAAACCAAACCGGAGGAAAGUGGCAUGGAGAAUAUGGACACGAAACUGCUGCGCCUACGAUUUCCCGACGACCUGCGAAUCAACGACGUCAAAUCGUUCCUUAACAGUUCGCAACCGGUGACGAUUGACAUUCUGCAGGCUCCGAACGUUUCCGAUCACGAGUUCAUCGAGGAGCAAGAAAAGCAACUUUACGCGCUGUGCAUACGGACGAUGGCUUUACCAAUUGGCCGAGGAAUGUUUACGCUGCGGACAAGUCGACCAACGGCCACACAAACACUACCGAUUCCCAAGCUUUGUCUCACCGGUAAAGAGGUGCUGCGCGGUGCGACGAUCGAAAUUCAACAGCUGGAAGUUCCGCCCAACAUGAACUUGUGGCCAAUGUUCCAUAAUGGUGUUGCCGCGGGUUUGAGAAUCUGCUCGGAUACUCCAGACAUCGAUUCCACCUGGAUCACGUACAACAAACCAAAGGGGGCGGCUGAAAUACCUACGGAGCACGCGGGAUUCUUGAUGGCUCUUGGGCUGAACGGUCACCUAAAGACGCUGUCCUUUAUGAGCAUAUACGAGUAUUUGGUCAAGUGCGAUGAAAUGACCAGCCUGGGUCUGCUGCUUGGCAUUUCGGCGACGCAUCGAGGCUCGAUGGACACCAAAACAACCAAACUGUUGAGUGUACACAUCGAAGCGCUGCUACCGCCAACGGCCGUCGAGUUGGACAUUUCGCAAAACAUACAAGUGGCCUCGUUGAUGGGAAUCGGUCUCGUGUACCAAGGCACGGCGAAGCGCCACAUUGCCGAGGUGUUACUGCAAGAGAGACGCCCUCCCGGACCCGAAAUGGAAAACUACGUUGAGCGUGAGUCGUACGCGUUGACGGCUGGUCUAGCGCUAGGAUUGGUGACUCUCGAGCAGGGAGAACAAAGCACGGCACUGCGGGAUCUCAACAUUCCCGACACUCUGCAUUACUACAUGGUCGGCGGCAACAAGCGCCCUCUGAUGGGAGCAAAGGAGAAAUACAAGCUACCAUCGUUCCAGAUAAAGGAAGGUGACACGGUCAAUAUCGACGUGACUGCCCCCGGUGCCACUCUGGCCCUGGGACUUAUGUACUUCCGCACAGGAAAUGAAGCGAUUGCCAACUGGAUGAAGUCACCGGAUACUACGUACUUACUGGAUUUCAUCCGACCGGAUCUGCUGCUGCUGCGCAUUGUCGCACGGAAUUUGAUUCUAUGGAACGACAUCGAUGCCUCGACUGCUUGGGUGUACAAACAGAUUCCACGUUCAUUGUCGGACAUAAUCAAAAAUCGUCUGCAAGACGACGAACUGCAACAACUGACCGAUCACGAGGCCCAAUGUCAGGCUUACUGCAACAUGUGCGGAGCGGCCAUCUCUAUUGGAUUGAAAUACGCCGGAACUGCUGACGAACGUGCCUUUGGAACACUGAACUAUCUGCUAAAGUACUUCCUGGAGGUAAACGGGCGCCCGUUUGGAGAUUUUGCCGGAAAGCAAACAAUCGAAAACUGCACCAUUAUGAUCCUGCUGUCCGCAUCGAUGGUAAUGGCUGGCACGGGUGACGUCCGAGUAUUGCGUGCCAUUCGUAUGCUCCGUUCACGAUUCGGCCAAUGCCACGUGACGUAUGGAUCCCACAUGGCGAUACACAUGGCGCUCGGGUUUCUCUUUCUCGGUGCCGGACGGUACACGUUGUCACGUUCGCCGCCCGCCGUUGCUGCUUUGAUUUGUUCAAUAUUCCCGAAGCUUCCCAUCCACAGCAACGACAACCGAUACCAUCUGCAAGCAUUCCGCCACUUGUACGUGCUGGCCAUCGAGCCACGGCUGUUUCUACCACGAGACAUUGACAGUGGCAAGCUUUGUCUGUGUGAGAUUUACUACGUUGUCAAGGGACAAACCGAACCAGUCAAGAUCAUGGCGCCCUGCAUGCUCCCGGAACUUCAUACGCUCUCUACAGUGUACGUUAAAGACUCCAGCUACUGGCAGGUGUAUUUUGACCACCAAAAUUGGCACAUUCUAGAAAAUAUUCUCAAAUCAAACGGCUGUAUAGACAUCAAACAACGUGCCGGAUGUCUGUCGUAUUUGGAAGAUCCAAACCGACUCAAAUCAAUGCUCACCCAAACGCUCACCACCGACAAGUACAAUUCGUGGAAAAUAGACCCCAAAAGUUUGCUCGCUUUUUCAACUGACCAGCGAAUCUACAACGUGGCCAACAAAUUUUUGCUUUCGCCGCCGUCGUCGUUCCAAAGUGAAGCCGAAGAAGCUCGAUCGAUCUCCACCUCCGAACGGAACAUCACCCAGAUGUUGGUCCUGCAAACAUACGACUGCCUCACCCAUGACAAGUUGCACGGUCUCCCGAUCUUUAUGGACCUUAUGCAUCUGCUGACCAACUUUGACACGUGCUGUGGCUCGUCCCAGCUCAUGCAGCUUCGAAUCAUCAGCGCCAUCAUUGCGCGACGAAGGGCGAUCCGCGAGUCCGAUCUGCUCGUGUCGCAGGACAUGCUCCAGUCGAUCGUUGAUCGUGUCCAGCUCCGCAUGGAAACGUUGCUAGCCGAGAAUGGCCACCUCGUGCGAUCGUUCGUCGUGGGCGCCCCCGCCGAACGCACCCUGACCGAUCUUUUUGGGGAAAUUUGUGAGCAAAGUCGCACAUCCAUCGCGAAACUGAUUACUUUCUAUGAUCUGCCGAUGAAAGUUCUAAACCAGGAAGCGCUUCGAAGGCUCGAGGAAACGGAUUAUUUGCAGUUUUUGUGUGGAUUUAAAAAACAACACCCAAAACUAGCCACUCAAACUGUUUGCUGCAUGGCGCAAAUUCUAGGGCUAACAAAUGUUCCUGGCAAAUAUUAAACAUUCUCAAACUAUAAGUUGUAAGAAGCUGUGAAAGCCGAUGAAAAUUACCUUGGAAAUAAACAUUGUUAUCUUAAAACCACA